GUAAACUUGAAUUGCGCUACAGCGACCCGUAUUACUACCACCUCUCCCCCAUUUUUAGCAUGAAGCAACUAACCUACUUUGUUUCUCUUUAAGGCAAAACCAAAACCUCAAUUCCAAUUUUUUUUUCAAAAAGAAAAAUUAUUUUUAUUUGAUUUUUGUUGUGCUUGCGUCUUCAAUCCACAACAAACCAAAACUGAAACCAACAUGAAACAGAAUUGAUUUCUCUCUCUCUUUCCUUUUAACGCCUUUUUAUUUAGCUCUCUCUAUCUCUAAUAUUCUUUCUCACUGUUAUGGCAUUUCCUUUCUCUUAUCUUCUUCAGGUUCAGCUUGAUAAUUCGUGAACUUUGAAAUGAUCUGACGAAUGUACAAAUACAAUCAGCUUUAAAGACUAAUAACAAACACUGUCGUUAAUUUUACUUUUAAUAUUAUUUUCUUAAUUUUCAUCAAAGAGUGCGGUCAAACUGAAAUUGUGAGCAAAAAACAUGGGCUAUCUUAACUCAGUCUUGUCGUCUUCGAGCCAGGCUCAAGUUCAUGCUGAUGAUGCGCCUGUUACCGGCGGCGGCUUUAGUCAAAAUGGAAAGUUCAGCUAUGGAUAUGCAAGUUCUCCAGGGAAAAGGUCUUCAAUGGAAGACUUUUAUGAAACAAGAAUUGAUGGUGUUGAAGGAGAGAUAGUUGGUCUCUUUGGAGUUUUUGAUGGUCAUGGGGGUGCACGAGCUGCUGAGUAUGUGAAGCAAAACCUUUUCAGUAAUCUGAUCCAGGACCCAAAGUUUAUCUCUGACACCAAAUCAGCUAUAGCUGACGCAUACACCCGCACAGACUCAGAAUUUCUGAAAUCAGAAAAUAAUCAGAAUAGGGAUGCUGGAUCAACUGCUUCCACAGCCAUCCUUGUUGGUGAUCGUUUACUCGUUGCAAAUGUCGGAGAUUCCAGAGCUGUUAUAUGCAGAGGUGGUAAUGCUAUUGCUGUAUCUCGAGAUCACAAGCCAGACCAAUCUGAUGAACGGCAACGGAUUGAGGAUGCAGGUGGAUUUGUGAUGUGGGCUGGAACUUGGAGAGUGGGAGGUGUUCUUGCAGUUUCUCGUGCAUUUGGUGAUAGGCUUUUGAAGCAGUAUGUUGUUGCUGAUCCUGAAAUUCAGGAGGAAAAGAUUGACAGUUCUCUUGAGUUUCUUAUCCUUGCUAGCGAUGGACUGUGGGAUGUUGUCACGAAUGAGGAAGCUGUUGCAAUGAUUAAACCAAUCCAGGAUCCAGAGGAGGCGGCAAAGAGGUUGAUGCUCGAGGCAUAUCAGAGAGGCAGCGCAGAUAAUAUUACUUGUGUUGUUGUUCGCUUCUUUGCCAAUCAAGAUGGUUCAUCUCUUGGCGGCUCUGCAUAAACGCCGUUUCCCAGCUACUGCUGGACUUUGUUUCUUCUCUACCUGGGUGCAAUAAAUGCUUGGUAGUCUACAGUUGGUCAUAGAAAAACUACAGUUCUCGUACCGUACCGUGUAAGUUUUAGAAACGCAAACAAACUUGCGGGGCUGGUGAUGUGUAUUACAUAUUAUCAGUCUCUAAAAUAGAUGUACCUCAGUUUAGCAUCUGUUUUUGGUUCAUGAAUGUAUGUAGCUAGAAAUGUGUAUGUAUGAAUGUGUAAAGAGUCUUAAGAGUGAAGUUUUAAUUUCCCAUGUUGUAAAUGUAGUUGAAGCCUCUUUUUUCUUGCUCUUAUUGCUUACGUUUCUAAUUUGCAAUUAGGCUUUCUUCUUUGAGGUUUGAUUGACUGUUUAAAAAUUAAAACCUGGGCAUCACCAUUGAUGUGAUGUUUGAGAUCUC